UCCUUGGUCUUCAAACUCCAUCAGAAGCAGAGAAUCCAGGCUCUACCAUGGUGAAGUUCCUGCUGAUUGCUCUUGCAUUAGGCAUGUCCUGUGCACAUCAUGAAUCUCUUGAUUUAAAUCCCUCAGAGGUCAAUGGGACCUGGCACACCUUGUACAUAGCUGCGAAUCCUGUGGACAAGGUAGUGGUAGGUGGACCCCUGAGAGCUUACUUUGAGCACAUGGAGUGCAGUGAUGAAUGCCAGACAAUCAAAAUCAAAUUCAAUGUCAAGGUGGACGGCGAGUGUCAGACACACACUGUUGUGGGAGAAAAACAAGAAGAUGGGCGGUACACUACUGACUACUCUGGUAGAAAUUAUUUCCGACCUGUACUGAAGAAAGAAGACACUAUUUUCUUUCACAACGUUAAUGUGGACGAGACCGGAAAGGAGACAAAUGUGAUUUUAGUUGCUGGGAAAGAAGAGACCCUGAGCAAAGCACAGAAGCAGGAGCUUAGGAAGCUAUCCAAGAAAUACAAUAUUCCAAAGGAGAAUAUCCAGCAUUUGGUGCCCACAGACACGUGUAGCCAAUAAAGACACCAUAUGGCUUCACAGAUGACAGCAAGAUCAGCAAUAUUUCCCACAUCACCUUUUUCCAUGAAAUCAGAAUCGUGACAAUGAAGAUAGCUCAUCCUUUUCCUACUUGUUUCUUUUCAUCUUUCCUAUGAAGCCAGAAUCUCUGCUUCAUGGAUUUGUUUCCCAUCCUCCUACCAUGGUACUGAUUCUUCUGUUGAUGAAAUAAAUUGAUUUUCCAUGCAC